AUGCCCAUACGCCCUCACGCCCAUACGCCCUCACGCCCAUACGCCCUCACGCCCUACGCCCAUCACGCCCUCAUGCCCAUACGCCCUCACGCCAUACCCUCAGCCAUACGCCCUCACGCCCAUACGCCCUCAUGCCCUACGCCCUCAGCCCUCAUGCCCAUACGCCCUCACGCCCAUACGCCCUCACGCCCUCAUGCCCAUACGCCCUCAUGCCCAUACGCCCUCACGCCCAUACGCCCUCACGCCCAUACGCCCUCACGCCCAUACGCCCUCACGCCCAUACGCCCUCACGCCCAUACGCCCUCAUGCCCAUACGCCCUCAUGCCCAUACGCCCUCACGCCCAUACGCCCUCGCGCCCUCACGCCGUCACGCCCUCCUGGCCGCCCAUCGACAGAGCCACCUUCAAUAACUGA